UCAGCUGGAAACGCAGCACAAGGCUCAGAGACCAGGACCCAGGAGGGACGAUCAGAACCUACAGAGUCCUGGUCCGACUCCGAGUCCCGGAGGCUCGUGGACCCGGGACCUUAAGUGUUCUACAGGAUCUGGACUUAUUCCCUGAGGACACGGAGCGACAGCCAGAGAGAACCAGCCGGAGAAAGAAAAACAGACGAGAGUCCAUGUUACAUCAGAGACGGGUCAGGACUGACCACAACACACCAGCCUGGUUCUUCACUUUAACAACGCUGGAAUUUAUAACGUUAAACCCACAAGACGUCGAGCUGAACUUCAUUCUGGUGUCGAUUAGUGAGGACGAGUCUGCAGGUCAUCUGAUGGCUCCUGAAGAAGAAGAAGGUCUCAGCUAACGUCAGACAGACGUCCUGACGUCUUCAUCCUCGCCGAUGGAGGCCGCCGCUGACCAUUUCACGCCGUUACCAUGGAAACGCCGCAUCCACCUGAUGACUACAGUGCUGCUGCUCCAGCUGAGUUUACCUGGAGUCGUAGCUUCUUGUCAGAUCCUGAGGUGUAACUCUGACUUUGUGGCUGCAACGUUGGACCUGGGCAGCAGCAGUGGAGGAGGAGGUGCAGGAGGAGGAGGAGGAGGAGGAGGAGGAGGUGCUGUAGCUCUGAGCAGGGAGGUGGUGAACGCCGGGUACUGCAGCGCCCUGCGCUCCUACGACAUGUGCACCAAGCGGAUGGCGAGGGCGUGCCGCGGCGACCUCGCCUACCACUCCGCCGUCCAGGGCAUCGAGGACCUCCUGAUCCAGCACCGCUGCCCGAGGGCGGGGCCUACGGUCCAGCCCCGCCCCCCACCCCAGGGCACCCUGUCGGGCGACACCUGCCUCUACGAGAGGAGCUUCCUGGGCAGAGAGGGCCGGACGCCCGACUACCUGCACUGCAGCGUGUUCGGAGACCCGCACGUCCGGACCUUCAACAACCACUUCCAGACGUGUGCGGUGCAGGGGGCGUGGCCUCUCAUCGACAACGAGUACCUGUACGUGCAGGCCACCAGCCUCCCAGCCAGGGGGGAGGCGCCCGCCACCGUCCUCACCAAGAUCACCAUCAUCUUUAAGAACUGGCGUCAGUGCAUCGACCAGCAGCUGUACCAGGCCGAGCUGGACAACGUUCCCGCCGCCUUCGCCGACGGCUCGGUGUGGAGCGGCGAGCGGCGGGGCCAGCGGAGUCUGACGGUCCGGACCCAGAGUCCCGGACGCCACGCCGAGAUCCGGGCGUCCCACAUCGGGACGCUGCUGGUGGUCCGCCAGAGCGGGCGCUCGCUCGGCCUCUCGGUCCGGUCGCCCCGCGCCGUCGUGGAGGCCUUCAGCCCCGAGCAGGACCUGCAGCUCUGCGUCUGGGGCUGCCCCCCUUCCCAGAGACUGGACACGCGUCGCCCCCACCCUCCGGACCCGGCGGCCGGCGUCGCCGCCGCGGAGGCCCACUGCUCCGCCCUCCUUCCCGCCCGGGACGUCUACUACCAGGCCUGUGUGUUCGACGCCGUCACCAGCGGAGACCUGAACUCCAGCGCGGCGGCGGCGGUCGGCGCCCUGCAGGACGCGCAGCACAUGAUCUCAGACCGGGGCGGCGUCCACCUGCUGCCGGUCGCCUCCGCCAAACAAGCCACACCCCUCCUCACCCUGCUGCUGCCGCUCGGCAUGCUGGGAACUCUCUGCAGGGUCUGAGGCAGCAGGAAGGACGACUGGUUUAUUAGGAGCCGUGAAGAAGAACUAAUGUUUCUGAUGUGAUGAUGCUGAUGAUGUUUCUAAUGUGACAAACACAUGUUUACGUUAGUUUAAGGACCAGGAACCAGAUAAAAUAAAAAAAGAGAUAAAAUUAGAAAAAAAUUUAAAAGUUUUUUUAAAAAAAGCAAAAGAAUUUUCAAAUAAUUCAGGGUUAAACCUGAACCUGACGCCAUCUUGAGAAUAUAGAAACCACGAUUAUAGAAACUCAUUUUAGUUGAGGGGCCACAUACGUCCCGGUUUAAUCUGAAGAGCUCUGACUAGCAACACAAUAGAAUAAAAAACUAUUAAUAAUAAAUAAUAAAUAAUCUUUUCAUUUGUUUUAAUGCAAAGAAGAACAAUUAAAUUAAUAGAAUUAAACAGAACUGAGACCAGGACUCGAACCCAGACUCACAUAGAAACGUUCUCUUCAUUCACUCGUUCUUCUUUGCACUAAAACAGUUGUCGUUGCCUUUAGGAUAUUUUUCUGUUAUUCUACUCGUCUGCUACAUGACAUUUAUCAGAGACAGAGACGUUUUUACCUGAAGCUACAAACAACACGGUGCAGGAUUCAUUCUGAGGAGACACGGGAUCCUACAUUUCCCAGAAUGCAACCGACCGACCACCAGUGCUGCAGUAACAAAGCCGAUAUUAAGACUCAACCUGAAACUACGAGUGAAUAAACUCUGUGAAGAGUCGCACGUUUAAACGAAGCCUGGUCCCGAGUCUCUCAUCUAGUUCCAGCUGCAGAAUCACAAUGUUUUUAUCAGUAUUCUUUUUUAAACCUGUUAGAUUUCCAGUUUAUUUUUAUUUAUUUCAUUUUAUUUGAAAUGUUUUUUAGUGAUUUAUGUGGAAAUGUGAGUGUUCUACUUCAAAAUAUAAAAAAUAAAAUAAAAUAAUAAAUAUUUAAAAUAUUAAUAUAUGUAUUGAUUUGAAAUAAGCUGCAUUCACCAAGACUAUUUAAAUAAAAAUAAAAUCCUGAUAUAUUCAGAGAUGUAAACCUAUAAAUCCUAAUAAAACUAGUUUUUUUAUUUGUUAAUUAAAUAUUAAUUAUAUUUAUAUUGUGUUCAACACUGAAGUUCAGCCACUUGUUCGUCACAUGUUUUAUAUUUUUAUAAUGUUCUUGUUUCCACUAAAACAAAGGGAAUCAUUGGUUAUAAAUCACAACAUCGACUGAGAACGAAACAGUCUGAGAAUAAAGACGUUUCUUUAACCGACUCAGACGUAAUAAAAGUCACGGAGACGGUUUCUGCUCAUUCGUGUCUGAGCGUCGUCACAGAUGUUGGUUUUUCUUUCCCACCUCGUCCUCGGCUCCUUGUUCAGAAGCUGAGUUCAGGUGAAAGAAUCCGUGUCGCUGGUUGAUCUGAUUCUCUGCGUCACAGAAACAGAAAAGGGUUAAAUGUGUUUCACUUCUUCAGCUCCUUGUUUCUGCAGUAUUUUACAAAGCGAUAAAACCUGAGGAGCUGGACUCGUUUGAGGUUUUUAAAUCUUGUUUUAACUCGGUGUCUCUGCAGGUUUUUACAGAACCUCUGGUGACAAGAGAGUUUUAAUAUAAACGGGACUUUUCCUGGUUAAAUAAAGGCUAAAACCCGCGUUUAGUUCAGGGGCCACAUUCAGCCCAGUUUGAUCUUUGAGCCGAUUCACUUAUAAUUAACUUUGAAUGUUUCUCUUUGUUUUACAGCAAAAAGUUCAUUAUUAAAGUGUUGACAACGAGAUGAACAACGAGACCGUUCGAAGGAAAAAGUGUUUAGUUCCAGGUCUCAGUCUCCUUUUAUAAAACUAAAGUUGUGUGAAACCUUUGGAAUCGUUAUAACUUUGCUGAUUCAUCCACCAGAUCAGAUCAGAUUAAACCUGAUGACCAGAUUAGUGCCGUAGUUUUUAAACGUAGACUUGGGUAAAGUGAUCCUCUGUGUGCAUCAGGCUGGACCAGGAUUUCACCAUUUAUUUCAACAUUUAGCUCUAGUUUCUAUGAGUCUUUCCUCUCCUGGUCUGGACCUUUUGACCUUUGGACCUUUGGACCUUGAGCCUUUUAUUUUCUUAUUUAGAAGCUUUUUAAAAUCUUGAGUUUAUAUCUUGGAUUUUUGAUACUUUCCUUUUUACUCAUUUUUUUCCUUUGCAACAUAAAAACAGAACAAAUAUCACACAAUCAAAUACUAACAUCAGAGAAAUAAAAAGCUGGAUGACUGCGUUAGUUUUUACUGAGACCUGGUCCUGUCGUUCAUUUCUCUCAGUUUUUACUUUGAGGUUUUAUUGCCCAGUUUUAUAUUAACAGAAUUAUUUGUUUAAUUUAUAUUUGUUCUGCUGAGGUUGUUUUAAAUGAGCUUUAGAAAUAAACUUUGACUUGGGAAGAACUCGU